CUAUGGGAAAAUAAGUGAUUCUCUUCUUCUGCACCCAAGGAACACAUUGCUUCAAUGGAGAACAACAUGUCUUCUUCUAGUUCAUGGAGUCCAGAUAGCCCUAUCAGUCCCCACCAGUCUCUAUGGCUUCAAACAACUUUAUCGCAAAUGGACAAGAAGAUGAAGAUCAUGAUGAACCUUUUGGAAGGAGAGAAUGAGAUUCAAUGCACAAGAAAAUCAGAACUCAUACAAAUGCUUGAAGAUUUCAACAGGUCUUACCAUUCAUUAGCAGAACAGCAUGACCAGUUAAGGUGCAAAUCACAUUUUGUCCUUCGUUCAGAGUCUUCCUCUUUGUAUUCUGACUCCAGAAAAAUCCAACAGACUAGUCACAACCAGAAACGAGUGGCAGAAAGCUUCAAUGAUCCUAAACUGGCAUCGUUUGAUUCACACUCUGAUUCUGUUAUCGAAGAUCCAGAUGCUGAAUGUGAUAAUACUAAUUUGGAUUCUGACAUUGAAUACCUGAACAGGCUAGCUGAUGAAUUGUUAUCAACUGAACAAUGCAAGAUGAAUUUGGAAACAAAAAUUAUAUCUGAAGACAAUGAAAUGGAUAAAGAAACCACUGAGUCCUCCAACAAAGAAGAGAUCAAGAUGAGUGGCUCUGACUUGGGUCCAGCUGCAACUAGAGAUUUUGCAUCGGAUUCCUAUAGUUGGGAGAAUACAUGGCCUGAGAUAAAAAUUCAAGUCACAAAGCUAAUGGUGGAGAAUCUGCGGCAGAAGGCUGAUUUGCUAAAGAGAAAUGAACAAAAGCGAAAAACCAUUAAUGGGCUGCGGGCCGAGAUUGAACGCUUAAAGAGAGAGAACAGGACCCUCCAGAAUUGUACCAAGUUCUCAAAAUUUGAAUUGAAGCGCAGCCAAUCACAAAUGUCAAGAUCAAGUGAAUCAAUUUUCAGUAAAUUUUUCAAGGUAGGUUGCUCAUGAUCUAGCAAUCUUCACUUCUAUGAAUUUAUAAUUGAGAAGAGCAAGCCCAUUCUCAAAAUAUUUGUAAUCCCAACAAGUUGUUCUGAGAACGAUCUUCAUGAAACUAUAUAACAUCAAUUGGCAAUAAAACCAUGUCUUUCCAUUGCUUUUUAUCAUGAUC